GCGCGUGCGUAGUAGGGUCUACAACUAUCCAGUCGUGUAGGCAUCGAGACGUCAACAAGAGAGUGGUCGCGAACUGAUGCUGCUGUAUCCGGAGACUAGUUACACCGUUACAACGCAUUUCAAAGGCUAUUACUUUGUAUCAACUACGCCCGACUUGCAUUAAGAUGUUUGGCUUUCACAAGCCGAAGAUGUACAGGAGUUUAGACGGCUGUUGCAUCUGCCGCGCCAAGUCUUCCAGCUCGCGCUUUACCGACAGUAAGCGGUACGAAAAGGACUUCACUAGCUGCUUUGGUCUGUGUGAAACUCGGACUGGAGAGAUUUGUAACGCCUGUGUUCUACUGGUGAAGCGAUGGAAGAAACUGCCCACUGGGUCCAAGAAGAACUGGAAUCAUGUUGUUGAUGCACGAGGUGGGCCCAGUCUGAAGCUGUCCUCCAGACCAAAGAAGAUCAAGCCUCUGUCCAAGCGUGCGAGGCCAAACCAGAUCAGCCGGCUGCAGAAAGAGUUGAAGAGAAUCAACUCUGAUGCCCACAGCACCACAUCCAGCAUGUCCCCGGCCCAGUCCCCCAGCUAUAGCCCUUCUGACGAAGGCUCAGACGCUGAGCUCUCUCCUGGCUCCAGCCGCUCGCCCGUCUUUUCGUUCCUGGACCUCACAUACUGGAAGAGACAGAGGGUGUGCUGUGGGAUCAUCUAUAAGGGCCGCUUUGGGGAGGUGCUGAUCGACCCCCACCUCUUUAAACCCUGCUGCCGUAGAAAGCAGCAGGAGCAGCAGCAGGAGGCUGAGGAAGAGGAUGGCUAUGAUGAAGAGGAGGAGGAGGAAGAGGUGGAGGUGCUGGAGGAACAGGUUGAGGAGGUGGGAGGAGAAAAGCUCCAGGUGCUGGAGGAGCUGGUUGAGGAGGAGCUGAGAGGGGAGGAGCUUCCAGAGGAGGAGGAGCAGCUGCAGAAGAACCUGUUCACUCAGGAACAGGUCACCAUGGGAACGCUCCAGACCAUAAAGCAGCAGGAGCAGUGGAGGGGUCCUGGAGACGGGCAGCUGAAAUAGUUUGGGAGUUUUGUGUGUGUUUUGUUAGUGCUCUUUCUGUUUUGUGUGUGUUUUGUUAGUGCUCUUUCUGUUUGUUUGUGUUUUGUAUCUUGUGAACUGAUGAGCCAUAUGGAGUCCUGUUUUUUCCCCUCUAUGGUUGUUGUAUUUAAUACCCUACAUGUUCAUCACAGCCCUCAAGGUGUUCCCCUUUGUAUGAAAAUGCUGGACUGGUCAUUGGCUGGAAAUAUACAGCUGUAUUUUAUUUUAACGUUUUAUACUUUUACAUUUCACUUACAGCAUAUAUUUAUCUAUCUUGUACAUAGUUCUAAUGACCUGUAUAUAUUUGUAUUUUGGUCCCAGUUUAAACAAGCAAGGCCUAUUCACAGCACCAACAAUUUUACCAGCCUUAAUGUGGAGUGACAGGCAACACUAGUAGUCAGUAUGUUGGCAGGAUAAGCAAUAACACGUCUAUGAGCCUCACAUACAGUAUGGUACAUUUUGCAUGAACGAUGAAAAGGCCUUCUCAUCGAGGGUAAACUAUCCCCUCAGAAGCAUGAAUUGAAUCUGUUGCAUGGCCUUAAUAGGAAAUGUCUUUUUGUAUAUUGGUCUUUUACCUAUCAGACUCCACAACUCUGAAACUACAAAGUAUUUUUUUUAAAGAAAGAAAAAAAAAAAAAAAGGUCAGUUCCACAAACACAGCAAAACAGCCUAAAAUACACAACUCAACCUUCAGUUUCUCUCCAAACAUCCUUCUCUCUGAGCUUAAAACUGUGAGAGAAUUUUUUCACUUUUUCAUAUUAUGUAAGUGCUUCAAAUUUCAAUAGAGGUUUUGUUGGUACACAUGCAUAAUAAUGAAUGUGCACUCAGCAACUUUACAUUCAUAAUUCAAAAAAAAUAUGUAAUAGCUUCAGUGUGAAAUGUUCAAUCAUUGUCUCUUCACAAAGAGCACUGCAAGGGUGUCACUAUAUACUAAGUUAUCAAACAGAAGCCAAAGCACACUUAAAUUCACCCAUUUCAAAUCAAUACAGGUUUCUAUGGACAGUUGAAAGAUUUUGCACCUAGUAAGAUUUUGCACCAACUAAUUUUCUGGGUAUGGAAUGAUAGGCCUGCCGGACAGAAAGAAAAUAACACUACAAUAGCAUAUUAUGCUUUAUUUAACUCAUCCAUACAAGAGGAGAUGAGGAAUGAUUUUGUAAAUACACAGGGUGGAUCAUUUCCUUGAAGGAGUUAGUUUUUUCUCUUAUUUAUUUUAUAUUUAUUUGAAUCUCAGCAGCUUUGCCAUUUAACUGACUGCUUCUUAGUUGGUUAAAUAGCCUGUUAUGGAUUUUUUAUAAACAAUUUUGUAUUUAAGUGAAUUAGAUUGAAUGUAAUUUUCAAGCAAACAUUCUUCAGUCAUGCCUUCACUUAUGCUCUCUCAGUAUUUCUGCAACAUUGUUAUUUAUUUUCUGCUCCUUCAGUUGUGUAACUUAUUGUUAUAGCUUCAGUUAAAUUUAUCAUGUUAACACGCCCAGCCUGUUAAAUGAGGAUGUCAGUGAUCCGUCAAAAGAUCAAACUUUACUUUAAUGUUUCCUAAUCCUUGUGAUGCUAAUUUCCAUAUGAAUUAUUCAAUGGGAUAGUUAAAUGUAGCUUUAGUACAUGCAUGUAUUGUAGCUAUGCAUUUGCAUUUUUUAAGAUAAGCUAGUAGGCCACAUAAUACAUUUUUGUAUUUUUUUCAUACAUAAUGUCGUUUUUUUAUUUCUUAAAUAAAAGUGUCUUUUGUGAGUUUCA